UUGAUAAGAAUCUUUUUAAAAUGUGAUGGAGGGACGAGAGCCCUCAACCCGACCCAGUCGUACCACACCUGCCAGCCCCAGAGUGACCCCUGCUCUAGUGAAACGGCCACGCUUCCAGACACUGGCUCGUUUUUGGGAAGGUCAGGAUGUCUUGGCACGGUGGACAGAUGGACUGCUUUAUUUGGGAAUAGUUAAAAAGGUAGACAGUGCUCAGGAGACUUGUCUUGUGCGCUUUGAAGAUAAUUCACAGUUUUCAGUACUUUGGAAGGACAUUUUCCCUCCUGCUGUGCCUGGGAAAGAACAGCUGUGCUGUGUGUGCAACUCGCAGACGUGUACCCCAGACAACAAACUGGUUCACUGUGGAAAAUGCAAACACGCAUAUCAUCAAGAAUGCCAUGUUCCUAGUGUCCCAUGCGACACAGACUGUCCUGGAAACUCCUGGAUGUGUCGGCAGUGUGUCUUUGCUGUGGCUACCAAGAGAGGUGGCGCACUCAAGAAGGGUCCCUAUGCACACGCUAUGCUGCAUAUGAAACUGUCUUUACCCUACCAGCUGAAGUCUUUAGAGUGGGACCAACUACACCUAACAAAUAAACAGCAAUGUUACUGCUACUGCGGGGGGCCUGGAGAAUGGAACAUGAAGAUGUUACAGUGCUGCCGUUGUCUCCAGUGGUUUCAUGAGGCUUGUACGCAAUGUCUAAGUAAACCUUUGCUCUAUGGAGACAGGUUUUAUGUUUUUGAGUGCUCAGUCUGUACAAGAGGUCCAGAAAACGCUUGGAGACUUCCUCUUGCAUGGGUUGAUGUAUCACAUCUUGUCUUGUACCACCUCAGUAUUUGUUGUAAAAAGAAAUAUUUUGAUUUUGAGCGUGAAAUUCUUUCCUUCGUCAAUGAAAACUGGGAUAGUUUACUUCUAGGAGAGCUGACAGACACUCCUCGUUCUGAACGGUAUUCUCACCUUCUUCAUGCCCUGACAGCUCAGAAGGAUAGGUUCAUUUCUGGGAAGGAAAUAAAGAAAAAGAAGUGUCUGUUCGGCCUACAGACCCGUGUACCACCUCCUGCCCCACAAAGCACAGAGUCUCAGUUAAGACUGCAAGAAUCUAAGGAUAGAACCUCCACUCCAUGUGUAAGUUCCCUUGUAGGGAGGAUGGGGCUCAUGAGACGCUCCACACACAGGAAGAGGACCCAGAGCAUAGAGAAGCAGACAGGAAGGGAGAGGCAGAAGCUGUGCAAAGCUGUUACCCAGGAUGUUGUGCAGAAUCCAUUUAGCGCUAACCAGGAGUACCAGGGAUAUCGUGGGAGCGCAUACAACUUUAGGCGAACUGGAGCACGCUGUUUGCAGAACCCUCCAAUUAGGAUGUUCGCUUCUUUCCAUCCGUCCGCAAACACCUCAGGGUCUGUGGCUGCAUCAUUGCAGUCCAGUGGAAUCUCUUCUGAAGUUCAGGACCCUCCACUCCUUGGUGAAAUGAUGGAAACUUCUGGUCCAGCCCCUGCCUCCCAUGACAGCCCCCAGGUCACCCCUUCUUUGCCUUCCUCAUCUGUAUCUUCAGAGGGCUGCGCAUGGCUUGGAUCUACAGAGCAAGGAAUGCGUGUGUUGGCACGCAGGGUCACUGCUCAGGGAGCAGUGGAGUACCUUGUUGAAUGGGGAGCAGGAGAAGUCUUUUGAAAGCUUAUAUAAGCUUAUGAGGAACUUGCACAUGGAUGACUCAAUUCCUGCUUUAUCACGCAUUCCCUUCCUGUGAAGAUCCCAUGUCCUCCACAUUGCUGCUCUCCAUGG